AUGCCCCGUAAUCAAGGAACCUCGCGAAAGGGGAAACCAAAGAAACAUGAACGGGCUGCUGGAAUGGGUCGAGCUCUCCAAAAGUCGCGGGGGCGAAAGCACAUACCUUCCGCCAGUACAGGAGGUAUGGCGAUGCGACAAGGUGUCGACUCUAUCAAUAUUGAAAAGGAAGACAAUAGGGCGUCUGUGCUGCAACUGAAUGAUUUGGAUGACUUUCUGAUUCAAGCGGAGAUGGCUAACCGUGACUUUGUUUCCGAAAAGGAGCGAUUUGUCGUGUUGGACUCUACCACGCAAGCACAUGAGUACGAGGAGGAACGUGUUGAGAGUGUAUCAUGGGACGACCGAGCGAUCAAAGGAGCAAACACAUUUGCCUUUCAAGAGCUUAGUGUUCCAAGACGACCAGCUUGGGACGAAACAACGACAGCACAAGAAUUGGAUGCCCGAGAAAAGGAAGCCUUUCUAGAAUGGCGACGUGCUAUUGCACUAAAGGAGGAAGAAAUUGCACUCAAGGGACACGCUGGGCUUGGAGUGACUCCAUUUGAAAAGAAUUUAGAGAUUUGGCGUCAACUAUGGCGUGUGAUGGAGAGAUGUUCCUGUAUUGUCCAAAUCGUCGACGCCAGAAAUCCACUCUUUUAUUUGUCAAAAGAUUUGCGAAAAUAUGCUACCGAGGAAUUAGGCAAACCCAUGAUUCUAUUGGUGAACAAGAGUGACUAUCUCUCGCCUCGGCAACGGCAAGCAUGGCAUGAGUACUUUUCGCUACCCGAACACCAAUGGGAUCAUGUUUUCUUCUCGGCUCACGAACAACAAAAAAUUUUGGAUGAAGCUUCUGAGCCUACCGAUAGUGCAGCUUCUAGUGAUACCGCUACACCGCCCAGUGCAACUAGCGACAUUGGAGUGGACGUCCCUCUAAGUCGUCAAGGGCUUAUCAGUUGGCUCAUGGAAUACGCCGCGAAGUACAACUGUGAUCUUGAUACCAAAUAUGGCCGUAUCCCAUUCGGAAUGGUUGGGUUUCCCAAUGUUGGUAAAUCUUCCGUCAUUAAUGUCUUGAUGGGUAACGCGAAGCAUGCUCACGGUGUCACCCGCGUUGGGGUUGCCGCAAUGCCCGGAAAAACCAAGCACUUUCAAACCCUACUUCUUCCAGACAGGGACGACAUUCUUUUAUGCGAUUGUCCAGGUCUUGUCUUCCCAUCCUUUGUCAACAAUACUGCUGAUCUCAUUGCAGCUGGUGUCUACCCCAUUGCUCAAAUGAGAGACCCUUGGCCAGUUAUGAACCUUUUGUGUCGACGCAUUCCCAGAGAGGUGCUGAAUGCUCAGUAUGGAAUCCAAAUCCCCAUGCCAACGGCAGAUAGCAUGUUACAGGUCAAAGAUGGCACCAUCCCACCACCAACCGCCGAGGAAUUCCUCAAUACGUAUUGCGUUGCCCGAAGUCUUUUUGCUGCCUCCAGUGGUGUACCCGAUGUUCAACGUGCAUCUCGGAUGAUCAUCAAGGAAUAUGCAACUGGAAAGCUUUUGUACUGUCACUCUCCACCUGAUUUUGAUUAUGAUGAUUUUCAAAAGGAGACCAUGCUCACCGCGAUUCAAAACACGAAAAAACUUAGAGAAAAACUGGGAGCAAUCGAUGCACUUGUCCCUGGCGACAAUGGGGAAGCUAGUGCUUCAGUGGUAUCCGACGAGAGCGACGACGAAAAACCGAAUGAUGUGGACCUGGAUGCAGUUGAUGACGACGACAUGUUGUUUGAGUUGAUGGGAGAGCCAGAGUCAUCAAAUCAGAGUGCGGCCAAACCUGGAAAGAAAAAGAAAUGGGGAAAGAAGGGACGAAAGUUGAGAAACAAGGACCCUUAUGGGUGUCAUUCCACUCCAGACGACAGUCUGGGAGGCAGCAGUACUGCUGUGGUUGGAGUUUCUGUCAGUGCUGGAAAGUAUGGCAAGAAAGGAUACACGCGACCAACUACCUACAGCGGCGCAAGAAGUGUUGCCUAA